AUGGUUGUGAAACUAUACGGACAGAUAACGGCAGCUUGUCCGCAAAGAGUCCUGCUUUGCUUUAUGGAGAAAGGAAUUGAAUUUGAGAUUGUUCAUAUCGAUCUUGAUGCAUUAGAGCAGAAAAAACCAGAGCAUCUUCUUCGUCAGCCAUUUGGUCAAGUCCCUGCCAUAGAAGAUGGAGAUUUCAAGCUUUUUGAAUCACGAGCCAUUGCGAGAUACUACGCGACCAAGUACUCGGACCAAGGCACUAACCUUUUGGGCAAGUCUCUAGAGCACCGAGCCAUCGUGGACCAGUGGUCCGACGUCGAGACCCAUUACUUCAACGUUUUGGUCCAUCCCAUUGUGAUGAACCUAGUCAUCAAGCCUAGGUUGGGCGAAAAAUGUGACUUCGGUUUGGUCGAGAAGCUCAAGGUGCAGCUCGGGGUGGUCUUGGACGUAUACGAUAACCGGCUUUCUUCGAACCGGUUUCUGGCUGGUGAAGAAUUUACCAUGGCUGAUUUGACGCACAUGCCGGCGAUGGGGUACUUGAUGAAUACCGAUAUAAAUGAGAUGGUUAAGGCUCGGAAGAAUAUGAACCGGUGGUGGGAAGAGGUUACGGCUAGACCGGCUUGGAAGAAGCUUAUGAAGAUGGCUGGUUUUUGA